GGAACGCAUGCGCAAACAAUCCACCUCAUUCAGUGUAAAAUCGCCAUGAUCAAGCUCUUCUCGUUGAAGCAACAGAAGAAAGAAGAAGAGACGUCAGGCAAGUCUUCAUCGUCUCAUCGGCGGUCCUCACCAGCUCUUCUACGCAUCACGAAAGAUUUGAACGAGCUGAGUCUCCCGAAGACGUGCCAGACGCUCUUCCCUGACCCAGACGACCUACUCAACUUCAGACUAGUCAUCAUGCCGGAUGAGGGAUUUUACAAGAACGGACGGUUUUCCUUCUGUUUUAAGGUUGGUCAAGGGUAUCCUCACGAGGCACCGAAGGUCAAAUGCGAAACGAUGGUUUACCAUCCUAAUAUCGAUUUAGAAGGAAACGUAUGCCUUAAUAUAUUAAGGGAAGAUUGGAAACCUGUUCUAACAGUUAAUUCUAUAGUCUAUGGUCUGCAGUAUUUAUUUCUCGAACCUAACCCAGAAGAUCCCCUAAACAAAGAUGCUGCUGAAGUUUUGGCUACAAAUCGACGGCUCUUUGAACAAAACGUUUAUAAGUCAAUGAGAGGAGGAUAUGUCGGGUCAACCUACUUCGAACGUUGUCUCAAAAACUGAUAGGAUGUGUUAGUACUAAUGAAUACAAGACAACUAAGUAGACAUUGGUAGUAUUUUUCUCAUUGUGUUUAAUAUAAGGACUGACAAUGUGGUAUGUUUUAUUACAUGGACUUACAUGGAUGAACAAAUACGGAGGCUCUUUUCAACUGAAAUCUAAAUGAAUGUUAGUGGGACUACUGA